UCGCGCGGGAAACACGGAAUAUGGCGGAGAGCGGGAACCAAGUGGAGCCGCUGUCUCCUGAGUCUCUCAAGCUGUAUGAGGCCCAGUUCUUUGGAUUCACACCCCAGACCUGCAUGCUCAGGGUGUACAGCGCCUUCCAGGACUGCCUGCAUGACAUCUUGUUGGCGGUGGAGGCCGUGUUUGUGAGGAAGCUCGCGGGCGCGGGGCCCGAGGACGAGCUGAGCCACCAGGCCCGGGAGUGCACUCAGAAGCUGCACAAGUUCCUGCAGGAGCGCGUGCGGCGCCUCUCGAACCGCAUGGAGGCCCUGCUGCUGGAUAACGUGCUCUCCGUUCCCUCUCACGUCCUGCUGCCGGAGGAUCAGCCGCACAGCAAGCAUCCCCAAGGUGCGGAGCAGCUGCUAAAGCUGGAGGCUGAGCUCGCCCGGUUGGAGCAGGCCUACCAAGCGGAGGUGUGUGCCCGACAGGCCAUCCUGGCAGAACUGAAGGAGCAGGAAGAGGUCCAGGAGGAACUCGACGGUGUGCUAAAGUGGAUCGGAGAGCUACGAGCCGCCUGGACGCAGGAAGGCACGGGUGGCGUCCAGGACAGCUUCGCCUUUAUGACCCAGACUGUGAAGACCCUGAAAGGCUUGAUGAAAGGAAUCCGAACUAAAAAUGGCAGCCUGGAUCAUUUCUGAUUUGUGACUCUGUCCUUUCACAUACGUCUUCAUGUACUGUUUCACUGGCGUCCAUGAAGUGGUGAUCUACUCUAUUUUUCUUAAACACCUGUCUGUUGUUACAAUCAUUUAUACCUUGUCUCUUAA